AUGACAGUUCCAGGAAAGUCGACAGCCGUCGCACAGUCGACACCCAUUUCGUCUCUUGAAGAUGUCCCCGACAAGCCAGUCUCAUGGCGACAUCGCCUCAAGCGAGUCUUGUGGGAUACAUUUGACUACUCGCCAGAGGAGAGGAGGUUCAUUUUCAAAAUCGACUUUUUUAUUCUAACAUGGGCCAGCUUCUCGUACUUUUCCAAGAACCUGAACCAGAACAAUCUAUCAAACGCAUAUGUCUCGGGAAUGAAAGAAGAACUCAACGUCGUUGGAAAUCAGUACCAAACAUUCACCACCAUGUGGACUAUUGGCUACGUGAUCUCUCAGAUCCCCUCGCAGAUGAUAUGCACUCGCGUCCGCCUCUCCCUCUGGUGCCCCUCCUGGGAAUGUAUCUGGGUAAUCGUAACCUUCGCAUCGGCAGCCGUCAAAACGCCCCAACAGCUCUAUGCCUGCCGUUUCCUUGUCGGUCUGGCAGAAGGAACAUUCUACCCGGCCGUGCACACAGUUCUAGGCGGGUGGUAUACGAAGCGCGAACUCGCCAAGCGGGCAUGCAUCUUCUUCGGCUCGGCGUUUGUGGGGAGUAUGUUUAGUGGGUAUUUGCAAGCAGCUCUGUACACCGGCAUGAACGGCGUCAAUGGACUAUCCGGCUGGCGAUGGCUGUUUAUCUUCGAUGGCGUUAUUACCUUUCCCAUGGCAGUUUGGGGCUAUCUUGCUCUGCCGGAUCUACCGAGUAACACGAGAGUUCCGUGGUUGAAGCCCGAAGAGAAGGAACUUGCCCUUGAGAGGAUGCGCAAGGCUGGGAAGAGUCUGGAUGAACCGGUUACCUGGAAGGGGACGAAGAGAGUGCUUUCGCGGUGGCAUUUUUGGGUUUAUACGGCCUAUUAUACGUUCUUCAUCUGCAGCGAGAAUAUCGGCGGGUACAUGAAUCUCUGGCUGAAAAGUCUGAAUCGGUACUCUGUGCCGCAGAUAAACACAUACCCCACUGUGAUCAACGCGAUAACGAUUAUAACGAGCUUGAUAUAUGGCUGGACGAGCGAUGGCUUUCAGAUCCGCUAUCCAAUAGUGUUUUUCUCGCUGACGGUGUGCUUCUUCGCGGCGAUGAAUCUGGCCAUCUGGGACGGAGUUCCAUUUGGGUUGAAGUGGGCGAGUUAUUAUCUUACUGGAUUCGCGCAAGGGUCUGGGCCUGUGUUCUUAACAAUGGUGAACGAGAUCUGCGCAGGAGACAGUCUCGAGCGAAAGAUCAUCCUAGGAUCAACAAACUCCAUAGCAUAUGCAUUCAAUGCCUGGAUCCCCCUGAUCUCAUACAAUACAAACUACGCCCCCAGAUUCUUGGUUGGGAAUUCCGUGACGGUGGGGUUGAUUGUUUGUGCAGCUUGUACACUGGGCCUCGCUGUAUACCUGCAGCGCAGAGAUGAGCGGAGUAGCCAUGUUGAGAGCGAGUUUGAAGAGGGUGUACAAGCACAGGUAUAG